ACCACGCCCCUGCGCUCGCUGUUUGGCCUGGGCGAUCUGAUGAAACUUCCCGCACGCAUUACAGGAGCCAGGCAGCGGCUGUAAGUGAACGCCAGCCCGCCGCCCCGCAGCACGACCCGCUCGCGCCCAGAGAACUCUCAGCGCCGUCGCACCAUGUGUGGCAUCUGGGCCCUCUUCGGCAGUGAUGACUGCCUUUCUGUGCAGUGUCUGAGUGCUAUGAAGAUUGCACACCGGGGGCCAGAUGCCUUUCGUUUUGAGAAUGUCAAUGGAUACACCAACUGUUGCUUCGGAUUUCACCGCUUGGCUGUGGUUGACCCCCUGUUUGGAAUGCAGCCAAUUAGAGUGAAGAAAUAUCCUUAUUUGUGGCUCUGCUAUAAUGGCGAAAUCUACAACCACAAAGGGCUACAACAGCGUUUUGAAUUUGAAUACCAGACCAAAGUGGAUGGUGAGAUAAUCCUUCAUCUCUAUGACAAAGGAGGCAUUGAGCAAACAAUCUGUAUGUUGGAUGGGGUGUUUGCAUUUAUUUUGCUGGACACUGCCAAUAAGAAAGUAUUCCUGGGCAGAGAUACCUAUGGAGUCAGGCCAUUGUUUAAAGCCCUGACAGAAGAUGGAUUUCUGGCUGUGUGUUCAGAAGCGAAAGGUCUUGUUACAUUGAAACACUCCACAACUCCAUUUUUAAAAGUGGAACCUUUUCUUCCGGGUCACUAUGAAGUGUUGGAUUUAAAACCAAAUGGCAAAGUUGCAUCUGUGGAGAUAGUUAAAUAUCAUCACUGCAGGGAUGAGCCUCUGCACGCCCUCUAUGACAGUGUGGAGAAACUCUUCCCAGGUUUUGAGAUAGAAACUGUGAAGAACAAUUUGCGCAUCCUUUUUGACAAUGCUGUUAGGAAGCGCUUGAUGACAGACCGAAGGAUUGGCUGCCUUCUGUCAGGGGGCUUGGACUCCAGUUUGGUUGCUGCCACCCUGUUGAAGCAACUCAAAGAGGCCCAGGUUCCAUAUGCACUCCAGACAUUUGCAAUUGGCAUGGAAGAUAGCCCAGAUCUGCUGGCUGCUCGAAAGGUGGCCAAUCAUAUUGGAAGUGAGCAUCAUGAAGUCCUUUUUAAUUCCGAGGAAGGCAUUCAGGCCCUGGAUGAAGUUAUAUUUUCCUUGGAAACUUAUGACAUUACAACAGUCCGAGCAUCUGUGGGUAUGUAUUUAAUUUCCAAGUAUAUUCGGAAGAACACAGACAGUGUGGUGAUCUUCUCUGGAGAGGGGUCAGAUGAGCUGACACAAGGCUACAUAUACUUCCACAAGGCUCCUUCUGCUGAGAAGGCCGAGGAGGAGAGCGAGAGGCUGCUGAAGGAACUCUACUUGUUCGAUGUUCUCCGCGCAGACAGAACUACUGCUGCCCACGGCCUUGAACUGAGAGUCCCAUUUCUGGAUCAUCGAUUUUCUUCCUACUACUUGUCUCUGCCACCAGAAAUGAGAAUUCCAAAAAAUGGGAUAGAAAAACAUCUCCUAAGAGAGACAUUUGAGGACUCCAACCUGCUACCCAAAGACAUUCUAUGGCGACCAAAAGAAGCCUUCAGUGAUGGCAUCACUUCAGUCAAGAACUCUUGGUUCAAGAUUUUACAGGACUAUGUAGAACAUCAGGUUGAUGACACAAUGAUGUCAGCUGCGGCCCAGAAGUUUCCUUUCAAUACCCCCAAAACAAAAGAAGGCUAUUACUACCGUCAGAUCUUUGAGCACCACUACCCAGGCCGGGCUGACUGGCUGACCCAUUACUGGAUGCCCAGGUGGAUCAAUGCCACUGACCCUUCCGCCCGCACUCUGACCCAUUACAAGUCAGUUGCCAAAGCCUAGGCUUUCUCUCAGCUCUUGGGCAGGAGAAAUGUUUCUUCUGGCUGUGGUCAUUGGAAACAGAUGUGAACAGUGACUGUCAACUGUUAGCCACCCAGCCUUGCUUGGGCAUGAAAAAAUAAAUAAAAGACUUACAUCUAAAA